AAAGUGGCGAAUAUGAAAAUGUUAAUCCACCUCAUAGACCACCUUACAGACCUCCAGAAGAAAUGCCUGAACAUCCACCGUACAGGCCACCAGAUAACGGAUAUAGACCAACAAUGAGACCUUCUUAUCCUUCUGGACCCAGAGUUGAUCCAAAUAACCAUGGAUAUGGUCCAAAUGGAAAUGUUAUUUACUUUACAACGGAAUCUUCAUAUCAUACACCUGAUUAUCUUGGUGGCUCAGUUUCACAGAUACCCUAUCAACCUGAGUCUCAUUAUUCAACACAAGCACCCACCCGAAGACCAAAUGUCCAUAGACCUUCAUCGGGUUACCAUCAGCAAAGUACAACAAGGAAACCUAAUCGAAACCCAGGCUCUCAGAAUGAAGGCAACUGUGGAGUCCGCCGAGGUGAUAUUAAAGAUCGUAUUAUUGGAGGCCGAGACACGGAAUCAAAUGAAUUUCCCUGGCAGGUUGCAUUGAAAGACCGUUCUCAGGGAGUUUUCUGUGGAGGUGCAAUUAUCGGUAAAAGGUGGAUUAUCACAGCAGCUCAUUGUGUUGUCAAACUUCGUGAUCUUAAUUCAAUUCGUGGUUUGGUUGGAUCCAACUACCUGGAAGACUCUUCACUUCAAGAGAUACAAUUUGACAAAAUGGUUUCUCAUCAAAGCUAUCGAUCAGACACAUUUGAGAAUGAUAUUGCAUUAUUACAUAGCAAAUCUGAUUUACCCCUUUAUCCGUCCACAUCAUCCAUCAACAGCAUUUGCUUGCCCCGUGAAAAAGAUACAAAUUUCAAUGGUAAAGGAACCAUUGCUGGAUGGGGUCGAACCUCUGAGGGUGGUUUUGAUACAUCUGAGACUCUUUUAGCCGCAGAUGUUGACAUUUUAAAUGAUGGAAAAUGCAGAGAAUAUUAUUCAGACAGGUUUAAAUCAGGUAAACAAAUAUGUGCUGGAAUUGAGGAAGGUGGCCGUGAUUCAUGCCAGGGUGAUUCUGGAGGUCCAUUAAUCAAAGAGGUAGACAAUAAAUCCGUUCUAGUUGGGAUAGUCUCUUAUGGAAGAGGUUGUGGUCGUCGACGGUCACCAGGAGUUUACACAAAAGUUUCCCAUUAUGUUCAUUGGAUUCGAGCACAGAUGCAAUAAUUUACUAAAGGGUUCCUAAGAAUAAGUGUUAAUAGAUUCAAAUGCAAAAAUUAACGGUUUUUAACAAGGAUAUUAAAAAAACAAAGUUAUAAAAUGAAAGACUGCACUCUGCUGUUUAAUUAAAUACCAAAAUUAGACUUAAUUUCGUGAAGUAAACAUGCUAAAUAAGGCCAAACGCGAUUCGAUCUCAAAAAGAGGAAUUUCACCCUAUGGGAAAAAUAGUGCAUUACUCAAAGCUAAU